GAGCAAGGGCAGGGAUCGAACCCGUAACCUCAUUGUUCCUAGUCGGAUUCGUUAACCACUGCGCCACAACGGGAACUCCGAAGAGGAAUUUUUGAGAAGUGCAUCUCCACCGGGGGAGGUGAAGGGUCUCAAGAACUUUAAUAUUCUCCAUCUGCUGGGGAAGGAGGAGCUGGGGAACUAGGGGACAAAUAAGAUGACCUCCCUUGGAGAGCUUCCCAAAGUCCUUCCAUCUCUCCUAUUGCAAGGUUACCCACUCCCUCUGCCCUCCAUGGAGCCCAGCUAUCCCCUUGGCCUUACACAAAAUUUCUUUUGAGUAUUGAGAGGAACCCAUUUUAACCUUCUCAUCAACCUUCUCUCUCCCCCUCCCCAUUUGCUUCUCCUUGGGGAUGUCAGUUCCUGUUCUGGGCCCGCCCCCAUCCAGACCCUUUUUCCGGUGAUGUGUGCCAGCCGGUCCUGCAUCCCACAUCCCCAGCUGUUGACAUUUCGCUGCCAUUACCCAGAGGAUAAAGAAAGGGCCCCUGUUAUUCAACAAUAGGGAAAAAGAAGGAGACAAUGGGAAAUUGUGCUUCCGACGGGGUGGGGACAGAGAAGCAAAGGACAGCCAGACGACAGACAGGGGAGCUGGACAGAAGGGGUCAGGUUUCUUGAAGCAGCUGGAAGUCCUGGAAGUCUGGUUCCCACCUGGAGAGUCUCUUCCCAUAGGAGAUGCGCACCCAGGCACCGGAGGGCGGAGCGCAUCUGGAAGAAUCAAGGCAGCUGAUUCUCUGCAACAUUCCAGGACAGAAAGCUGCCAGUCACCACUCCCCCCAUCCCUGUGAAGAGACUCACUUCUAACAGACCCUGCUGGGCAGAAUCCCCACCAUGCAAGGCAGGCUCAGUCUCCCCACGCUCUGCCACUUCCUUCUCCCUUGGGCCUUCACCACCCUCCACAGAACCCUGGGGGACCCAGCAUCCCACCCUGGCCCCCACUACCUCCUGCCUCCCAUCCACGAGGUCAUUCACUCUCGUCGUGGGGCCACGACCACGCUGCCCUGCGUCCUGGGCGCCCCGCCUCCCAGCUACAAGGUCCGCUGGAGCAAAGUGGAGCCGGGGGAACUCCGGGAGACGCCGAUCCUCAUCACCAACGGACUGCAAGCCCGCGGCUACGGGCCCCUGGGGGGGCGUGCCCGGAUGCGAAGAGGGCACCGGCUGGACGCCUCCCUGGUAAUCGCGGGCGUGCGCCUGGAGGACGAGGGCCGGUACCGCUGUGAGCUCAUCAAUGGCAUCGAGGACGAGAGUGUGGCUCUGACCUUGCGCCUGGAGGGUGUGGUGUUUCCAUACCAGCCCAGCCGGGGCCGGUACCAGUUCAAUUACUACGAGGCCAAGCAGGCGUGUGAGGAGCAGGACGGACGCCUGGCAACCUACUCCCAGCUGUACCAGGCGUGGACCGAGGGUCUGGACUGGUGUAACGCGGGCUGGCUGCUCGAGGGCUCCGUGCGCUACCCAGUGCUCACGGCGCGCGCUCCGUGCGGUGGCCGAGGUCGGCCCGGCAUCCGCAGCUACGGGCCCCGCGACCGGAAGCGCGACCGCUACGACGCCUUCUGCUUCACCUCGGCGCUGACAGGCCACGUGUUCUUCGUGCCGGGGCGGCUGACGCUGUCUGAAGCCCAUGCUGCGUGCCGGCGGCGCGGGGCCACCGUGGCCAAGGUCGGGCACCUCUAUGCUGCCUGGAAGUUCUCUGGGCUGGACCAGUGCGACGGCGGCUGGCUGGCUGACGGCAGCGUGCGCUUCCCCAUCACCACGCCGCGGCCGCGCUGCGGGGGCCUUCCGGAUCCCGGAGUGCGCAGCUUUGGCUUCCCCAGACCCCAGCAGGCGGCCUAUGGGACCUACUGCUACUCCGAAUAGGGGUUCACCGCACCCCCUCCAGCGUGCUCCACAAAGCCUGGGAAUCGUGCCAGGGGUCUCUUGUCGCCCCUUCCCCGAGAGCAUCCCCUUCCACCAGACGAAAAGCAACCCCUCUUGACCCGCCUUCCCGGGCUAGGGCUGCAGGCUACGGAUCCCGGCUGGCCGGGGCGUCAGAGAGAGGAGUUGGUGGCGCCCCCGGUGGCGGUGCACGGCUAUUACCCUAGGACCUGAGGCGGUUCGCGUGCCUCAGCCAACCGUGCAGCCCACGCUAGGUGGCGGAAGGAGAGUCGGGGGGGGGGGGCAUUAACUGAUUCUGUAUACAGUAAUAAAAUAACUUGAGGAC